AUUGUGAACGAAUAUUCAGAGAUUGCCGACUGCAAACAUGUUAUGUUCAAUCACCAGCUUAUCCAGGCGUUUAUCCAAGAAAUCUUCAAUGUAGAUAUUAUUUGAAUACGAGGUUGCCUUUUAUCAAACUCUAUAUUGAAAAUGAAGAGUUUAACAUUGAUGGACAACGAUGUGAAAAUAUAAUGACUUGCCCAAUGAGACCAAUUUCUUCAGGAGAGAAAAGCUGUCCUUACGACUAUAUAAAAAUUCACGACGGAAAAAACGAGUACAGUCCUGUCAUUGGGACAUUCUGCGGAAUGGGAAAAUUCCCCUAUUCGAUUAUUGGAACUUCACAAGAUUUGUUCGUGGAGUUUGUUUCAUCGCCAGCAGGGCCUUUACUCAACACCGGUUUCCAUUUCAAUGUGGGAAACUGGCCAGGUCAUGUAGAUACAGCAGGAAGCAAAAAUGGUACCUGUGAUUGGUUUUUAUCUUCAGAAAGUCUAAAGGCUUCUGGGGACUCGGAAGGGAUAUUUUUAUCAGUAGCACAUUGGUACCCGCCUCAGACAAGCUGUACAUAUCUUAUGCAGGGAGAGGAAGAUGAAAUAAUUAGGCUGUAUUUUCCUAGGUCCUCUCUCUACUACUGGGCCCACUAUGAUUUUUUCAAUAACAGUAAACUUGGAGAACCAGUUCCAGGAAAACAAUGUGAUGAAAUUUUCGCCUCGUGGAAGAAAACCAAAGGUUGGUUGAGGUCACCACUGAAUACUCUGAUUUACAAGCAAUCACAAAAUGGUGAAGACGUGACAUGUCUUUAUAGAUUCAUCACAGAUAAAAGACUCUUCGCGAGAGUUAUCCUCACCAUAACCAAUGUUUACUUCAAGGAACACCCCUAUAGUCCAGGUCCUUGCACAAAUUGUUUGGAAGAUCGUGUUGAUAAGCUAGUUAUAUGGGAACCCUUGCUGGCAGGCGCAAACUCCAGUUAUCCGCCAAUUUCUCUAAAUAAAGCAAUACAAAACGGUGGAGUUACCUGUAUAUGCAAUCGACAAUCAUUUUCUUCACAAGUCAUAUCAAAAGGGGAACAGCUCAAUCUUCAACUCAUUGUAGACAGUGCUCACAGUGCUCUCAGCUACUUCAAACAUACGGCGUCUCUAUUUGAAGCAACAUAUGAGUUCGUACAUGGGCCUUUAUGUGGACCACCUAUAAUUCAACCAACAACAGAUGGAGAAAUCCAUUAUCCCUAUUAUGAAGCUAUUGGCUUUGUUGAACCUCCGAAAUCUAUAAGGUGUAUAUGGGAAAUAAAAGUAAACAAAGACAGAGAUUUCUGGCUGCACUUCGACAGAAUCAAGUUCUCUUCGAAAUCUUGCGAUGACGGAAUAGUGGACAUAUUUUUAAAAGGUAGAGCUGAUCCCUACCUAUCCCUCUGCGGUGAGAAUGUAUCACUAUCCAAAGAGCUACCCAUAAUUUCAUCAGCAGAACUAAGUCCAGAUGGAGUUGACCCCAGUAUAACGAUACAGUUCAUAGGAAGUACAUCCCCAACUAGAGCAGCUUUCAAAAUAGCAUGGACUGAAAUGUUUCACCUUCCAAGAAAUAUAGAUGGAUCCCUCAUGUCAUCUAGAUUAACAGAAGGGGGAAAUUCAGAAGGACUUUCAGGUGAGGGCUGCGAAUUUGCCUGUCCCGGAGACCAGGUACUCUGCAUUCCUGCUAGAUUGGUGUGUAAUGGAGUGGUCAAUUGUCCGAAUGUUUCCGACUAUAAAGGUACCGCAUUCAAUGAUGAAGCAACAGAGUUAUGUGAUGUCAGAGAAAGUCCCUCUGAAGUGAACUGGAUAUACAUUGGACUAGCAUUCCUUUCGGUGCUCUUAUUGUUGUGUUGUUGCUGCAUAUUUUUGUGCAGACGAUGCUGUAAAUAUUGUUGUGGGGAUAAAGAUUGAAAGCUCAUU